AUGGCGUCCUGGAUGCUCGCUCUGUGGGGUAUCAUCUCCGCAGUUUUCGGUAUGAUGCUGGAUGUUGCUCAGUUUUGGAAACAGAAAUUGUUCUCAUGGUGGAAAUCAAAGUCCCCGAAGAAACGGCUAUUCCACACCCUGGCCACGGCGCAGAGCUAUGAGCGAUGGGAGGAGGCUGCGUUUGAGCUGGAUGAGCGUCUGAGCAAAGAUCUAUGGCGUCAGAAUCCAGUCAGUCGACACUAUGACUACCGGCUCAUCCUCGGGCGGCUGGAGGCACUUAUGAGUGCUCGCGAAAGCGAGGACAUUCUCACAUUGGCAAAUCUCCUUCGCUCCGGUCUUGUGCGCAAUCUAGGCAAUAUCACAUCCACAAAACUAUUCACCCAUGCGUACGCCGGAACGAAACUCCUAAUUGAUGACUAUAUCACGCAAGUCGCGUUAUCGAUUCAGUACGUGGCCUCGCUUCAACCUGCACCCAUGCAGACGAGCGGAUUCACGUCACAGGCGAAGCUGGAGUUGCUACACGAUACUCGUCAGGCCUUUGGACGCACGACACUAUUGUUACAGGGUGGCUCGGCUUUCGGACUGUGUCAUCUAGGUGUUGUCAAGGCGCUGCAUUUACAGGGUCUCUUGCCUCGGAUUAUCACCGGUACCGCGACAGGGGCUAUGAUUGCCGCCCUGGUGGGUAUUCAUCCUGAGAGUGAACUGCUUGCGCUGUUGGAAGGCGAUACGAUUGAUUUAUCGGCUUUUGACCAACGGCGUAAAGACCAUGCGGAGGAGAGUUGGGUGCGGACUUUCGUUCGGCGAAUGAAGCGGUUGCUUCAGAAGGGACAUUUGUAUGAUAUGGAGUUGUUGGAGGAGUGUGUUCGAGCGAAUGUGGGGGAUUUGACCUUUGAAGAGGCGUAUGCCCGGUCGAAACGGAUUUUGAAUAUCACGAUUGCCACGGCUGGGAAGACUGGGACACCGAAUUUGCUGAAUUAUCUGACUACGCCGAAUGUGCUGAUCUGGUCCGCCGCGGCCGCUUCCAACGCCUCAUCCGCCUCAACACUCUCACCCGUCACAAUCUACUGCAAAGACGAAACCGGCUCAAUAGUUCCCUGGCCACACACAAAGGAAGCCAUCUUCCAACCCUGGCGCCACGUCACCUACAACGAUGGCGAAUCCCCCCUCUCCCGAAUCGCCGAACUCUUCAACGUAAACCACUUCAUCGUCUCCCAAGCCCGCCCCUACCUAAUCCCCUUCCUACGCUCCGAACUCAAUCUCCUAGACCGCCACCAAACAGGCUGGAGCAACCUCACCCGCUCUCUCACGCGUUUCGCCCUAGUUGAACUCCGCCAUCGACUCCGCCAACUCGAUUACAUCGGGUUCCUCCCUGGUUCUCUAAGCAGACUCCUCAUUGACGAAACCAUACCCGGACCUAAUCUGACUCUCGUUCCGGAUUUAUCGUUCAAUGAUCUAGCUAAGCUCUUCCAACAACCCACCCGCGCUAGGGUGGCAGAUUGGACGCUGAAGGGUGAGCGAGGUGUUUGGCCUGCGAUUAGUGCGUUGAAGGUUCGUGAGGCAAUCGAAAUCGAAUUGGAUCGGGGGUAUCAACUUGUUCGUCGUCGGCGACCGAGUGAUGCCGCUCUUCCGACGCCGAGGUAUUUUCCUAAUGAGGCUGUUGCUCGUCAGCGACGGGGGUGUCUUAAGAGUGAAUUUGAGGAUGGGACACUUGGUGAUGGGAAGUAA